CCGAUCUGCCAUUUUGUGUCUCCACUGUACGGUCAGAUGAAGUUGAUCGUCAACGAACAAGGGGCGAAUAUUCUAAGAUUCACCUUAUUUUAUUAAUUAGUACGUUUUGUGGAAGUCUAUUAAAGUGUGAUAUAUUUUCGUAGGUAACGUUAUUUGAGGUCGGCUGACUGCUUUUCUUCGAUCGUGGUAGUUGGCUCUCGGUUCGGACUUCAUCUUGUUUACAUUCUGUGUAGGUGAAGCUAACGCUAAUACCGUUAGCCAACCAGUGAGCUUUAGCUGGCAGACAACUUUCCCAGCGUUAGCUUUCUAACGCUAAACGGAGCGAAAUGGCGGCCAACACGACACAAGCACCCCCUGCAACUAACUGGUCAUAUGGUGCUGCUGAGGGUCAGGUCCAUGAAAACCCUGAAUGGGAGAAGGCAAGACAAGCACUAGCAUCAAUCAAGAGUCAGACCUCUGCUAAGACUACACAGGCUAACCGGACCACAGCGGAGGCCGGCCAAUUCCAGCCAGCAGUAACCGACUCUGCUGCCAUGCAGCAGCAGCAGUACUAUCCGUGGUACCAGCAAACUCAGCAGCACUAUUCUGGAUAUACAUACCCCUAUAACUACUACUACCCCAUGGGUCCAUAUGGUGGUGCUUAUCCUCCAAAUCAGUAUGGUGUACCCCCGGGGCCUUACCCAGGAACUCCUACCUCUAAUGGACAGCCUCCCCCAGUGCCUGGAAUGGAAGACCAGUCCCCCAGCUACACCUCCCAACCUCAACCUCCUCCCCCUGCCACUCCUCAGCCACCCCAGAGCCCGACCACCUCAGAGAACCCCCCUCCUCCUCCACCCCCUCCUAUUCCCCCACCACCCAACUCCCAGUAUCCCCCUCCCCCAUCACAAACUUCUUACAAUACCAACAACAGUAUGACAUAUCCACCUGGAGACCCCAGCCAAAUGCAAAUCUACAGUCAUUCCCAGGGAAGGCCUAACUAUGGCCAAAACUUCCAGGCACAGAAUGCCUAUCAGCCCUCUCAAAAUAAUUCUCAGCAGCAACAGCAGCCUGCUCAGUAUGCACCUGGGCUGGGCAGAGGGGAGGCCAACAAGAGCAAAAACCAGAAGCAAGGACAGCAACUCUGGCACCGCAUGAAACAGGCACCUGGGACAACUGCUGUGAAGUUUAAUAUUCCCAAGAGGACCUAUCAGAUGUCCCCAGUUUCCAAUCAGGCUUUCCCUCCAGGCGAGCAGCCUUCAGGGUUGAAUCCAUCACCUUCAUCUCCUGCUACUGCCAGUGCUGCACCUGGGGGUCCUCAGGCACGACCACAGGACUGGCCGCAAGCCAUGAAGGAAUAUGUGCAGCGUUGUUUCACUGCUUGUGAGACCGAAGAAGACAAAGAUCGUACAGAGAAGGUGCUGAAAGAAGUUCUGCAGGACCGGUUAAAAGAUGGCUCUGCUUACACCAUUGAUUGGACUCGUGAGCCAUUACCAGAGUUGAAGGUUAAGCAGUCUCGUUGGGAAAGCGUCGCACCUCAGAGGACAACAGAUACCUCACUUAGCCGUAGUGGAAGUACAGUGGCUGGAGCUUCAAGAGGCAGAGGUAUUGGACACAGAUUGGGUAACUACAGGAAUAUCUUUUCUCAAAGGAGUCCAUCUUCUAGUUCAUCCGAUUCCUCCUCCCGCUCACCAUCGCCUUCACACAGCCGGCACAGGGACCGCAGCAACCAAAGGCACAGACGCAGUGAUUCUGACUCACAGUCAGACAGCAGCAUCUCCAGUGACCUCCGACCUCAACUUCCAAGACGAAAUCAGAAAGGAUCACGCGGUCGUGGCAAUGAUAGGGAUAGAGGGCGUGGAGGUGGUGAGAGAGGACGAGGAAGAGGAGGAAAAGCCAACAGAGGAAGGCGAAACAUGGAUGAUUCCAAUUCAGCUGUUGGAAAGAAGAGGAAAAGCGGCAAUGCUGGUCUGGAUUUCCACGAUCCCAACAGAGAAGCUAAGAAGCAGAGCCGAGCAGCUCGUUUCCAAAAACAGCUUCGCUCAGAGCCGCUGGUUCUUUCCAUCAAUGCUGUGGACCUGCCUGAUGGAACACAGGAGGGCCUUAGCUGGGAGGACUGCCCCAUUGUGGGAACAAGUCAGGACAUCACCAAGUCCUACCUGAGGCUCACCUGUGCCCCUGACCCCUCUACUGUGCGCCCUGUGCAUGUGUUGAGAAAAUCUCUGCAGGCUGUGAAAGCCCACUGGAAAAACAACCAGGACUACGCCUAUGCCUGUGAGCAGAUGAAAUCCAUACGACAGGACCUAACGGUCCAAGGAAUUCGUACUGACUUCACAGUGGAAGUGUACGAGUGUCAUGCACGCAUUGCUCUAGAAAAGGGAGACCAUGAAGAAUUCAACCAGUGCCAGACCCAGCUGAAGGCCCUAUAUAAGGACAAUCCCUCUGAGAACAUUGGAGAGUUUACAGCAUAUAGGUUGAUGUAUUACAUCUUUACUAAAAACUCCGGAGAUUUGACCACUGAGUUGGUGUAUUUGACCCCAGCACUACGAGCAGACGAAUGCGUGGCUCACGCUCUCGCACUUCGUGCUGCUUGGGCGUUAGGAAACUAUCGUCGUUUCUUUAAGCUCUACCUGGAAGCCCCUCGCAUGGCUUCUUAUCUCAUUGACAAGUUUGUAGAGCGUGAAAGAAAGGCUGCACUUCGGGCCAUGGUCAAAACGUUCAGACCCGACUUGCCAGUGCAGUAUGUGCAGUCCACCUUAGCCUUCCCCUGUUUAGACUCCUGUAUGGCCUUUUUAACUGGGCUAGGAGUCACAUUCACCCCUUCUGAUCCCAAAAAGAUAGACUGCAAAACCAGCACAGCCUCUUUGGCUGCUUCCUGAGGGGGGUAGAGGGGUAGCACAGUGAAGGGAGAGGCUAAGGGACCAUCGUGGAUCCUUACAUAUUCAAUGCACUGCACUUCAGACACCACAGCGAGUUCAGUUAAGAGUAGUGGCAGGCUAACACCCAUAUAGCAAGAUACAAGCUAGUGUAUUACUCUGUUGGCAGGCCAAAAAUGCAGAUAUAGUUUUCUGACACUAAGAACUGUUUUGAAAAUGAGGGAUUACCUGCACAUACUGUCACUCACAUAUUCUAAGUUAAGCUCAUCUCAUUGCAUUUAUGAUGCCACAAGGAACAGUUUAGAUUUGAGAUCAAGAAAACUUAGCAUUUAAUGGCUGAGAAGUCACAGAACCAGAUCAAAUUCACGGUUCCUGUUCCAUUACCACGGUCAGAUUUCAACGCUAACAGUGUUGUUAUGUCUUUUCCUUCCCCAAGUCCGCAGCUCAAAGACCAGAAGAUUCAAGUUUUGCCAAAAGGGAAACGGCUCUUCUUCAAGUCGUACAUCCAGCUCUUCGCUGUCUGAAGUCAGCCCUGCAGAAUCAAGUCAAAUCUGCUUUUAUUUUUACAGACUGUGAGAAGAUGCCAGCAGUUUAUCUGAAAGAAGAGGUGGUUUGUAUGUCCUGCCCUACAUCUUGUUUCCUCCUCAUAUCUACAGCUGGAUGUUCCUCCUGUUUGUCCCUAUAUGGUCUAUGAAAGAAACUGAGGUGUCGAGUCCCGUUCCUGAAUUCCUAGUAUUCAUCCACUGCUCAUAGUUAUGAAAUGGUCGAUCAGCACUGGAAGAAGUCUCAAAUGAGCAUUGACUUUUUAUAUGAUAAAGGAUAAGUGUUCUUCAUCAAGAUUAAGGUCCAUAACCUGGAAGCUGAGCUUCAUGUCCCCAGUAGCCACAGGCAGAGUGCAGUUCUCCUUCCGUCACCCUCAGGUAGAAGUUCCUGUCAGCGUGUGGUGUCCAGCUCACCUCGUUCAACCCAGCAGUGCAUGCAGACCUCCGUAUCCUCACCAGCCAUUCCUCAGAAAAAAUGGGGGGUGUCACGGCUGACACUCAAGCUGAAAGUGAGUUCUUUGUGGUGGAGCAUCUGAGGAAGAUCUACAGCUUCUCGAAGAAGGUUUAAUAAGUGGUUUGUAUGCUACAUGCAGAUCUGGUGUUUGCGAGGCUGGUAAGAGAAAGGGACUCUCCUGCAAGGAGGCGGAUGACAGCACAACAGAGAUGUCGCCUCAAGUUUGUGUUUUGUUAAAUGUUUUACAACUUGUGGGGUUUUUUUUUUUUUUUUUUUUCUUCAGUAAGCAGUAUUGGCCAUUCUCUUGUGCAAAAGGAAAAAAUAAUUAUGGAGUUGGAAUUGGGGUUUUAUUAAAAUAUAUAUAUAUUUCACAUUGACUUUUGGACAAAUUGUCAUUUAAAAAUUGAACAAUAUCCUAAAAUGCCAAACCUGGAGUCUGUAAGAUCCCAGGAUUUUUACUGCACAGAUCAUGCUGCUGUUUCAGUAUUACUAUCAAAACACGAGUUCAAACUGAUACAGACAGCAGUAAAAUAAAGAUGUGAUUUGAGUAGACUAAUGCUUUUAUGUCCAUUUUCCAAGUACAUAUAAAAUUUGUAACAAAGCUUAAAUGGGAGCCUAAUUUUGAUAUUUAAAACAAAACAGGUUCUGUGAUUUGGUUUUCUGGUGUCUUUUGUGCUUUUUAGGACACUGAAUAAUAUUGAUGGUAAUGCACACGAUUGGGCAUAAUAUAGCAACACUGAAAAUGGUGAUUGAACAGCUCAUAACUUUGAUUAAAAAGUAAUCCAAACAAAUAGAAGCCAGUACAAACUGAACAGACUUCAUUUGUGCUGCUUUUUUACCAGCGCAAAAAAAAAAAAAAAAAAAAUGUUCUAAUUGAAUUGUGCUGAAAACAUGUAGGUGGUCAACGUUGUUCCUCAGAUUUUUUUUUUUUUUUUUUUUUAAAUUGAACAGUAUUAACAGCUGCUGUAGGAACACUGAGUCUGACAUUGACUGUUUUAACUGAUGAGAACAAGAAUGGAUGGGGCUUACCUACAAUAUUUACUUGUAGACAGUAUAUUUUGUAAAUAUGAUGUUUGCUGUGAUUUCUUUUCAUUUAGUGCAUCGUGUAGGGUUUUUUUUUUGUUUUUUUUUUUUUUUUGGGUUCACACAUGGGUAAGUGUGAAGUGUUCUUUUCUUGGUUUCAUAAAACUAUUGAAGAAAAAAAUUUGUGAAUAUGUUUAAAAAAAAAAAAUAGGCUUGAAUUGUAUGCAGUGAUCUCAGUGUGGAAAUACUGGAGGAAUGUCAGUCAGUUCUGUUUCCUAGUGCAGCCUGAAAACAGUUGAACGGGUUGCCAAACCAAAUUUGUCACAAUGCUCAGACUCCAUUGGUCCAGUUGCUGGAAUUUUCUCUUUAGGCUGUGUGCUACGUUUGCCUGUUUGACGCGCUCACAUUGGUUCCUGCUAUUCUCGCGUAUGUGUUCACUGACUGAUGGGACCAACAUUGCUAAAAGCUUGCGAUGUUACUUCCUAGCAAACUACCAAAUAUGCUGACAAAUCACUUGUAACCCUGGAUUAUAUAUUUCGAUUUGUUCAUUAUUGACCAUUAUUUCAGCAGCUGUUUUGUAAUGACAAUGAUCUCAACAUGUUUCCUUUCUUCUCACCCUCCUCCCCCUUUCAUUUACCUUACAUCCCUGCCCUCUUCGCUGCUCCCCCCUCUCCCCUCGCUCCCUACACCCUCCUCCCACACGCUGCCAGACUUUUCAUCCUUCAGCUUGCACCGCUGCUGCAUUGCAGGAGCGCACAGAGGGAUAAGUGGGCGAACCUCCUCCAGAUGCCUGCCGGAGAGAGUGAAUUGUGAGCACUCAAAGUCUUGGUUUAACCCACUCGAGUUGAAGCCAUACAGCUCGUAAAACACACGGGAGCCUCGCAUAAUGGAAAUGUUGAAAUGCUGCUAAUGUGAUUUGCUGCUAACCCGUAUUUAAAAUGUUUUUUGUGUGCUACAUCGUACCUGUUUAGUUUCAAAAACAAAGCUGUUGAGUCAUAUUUGCCUUGUACUGUGGGUUUCUGUUUGUCCAGAUGCAUUUGCACAGUCUGCUGAUAGAAUUCUCUUAUUUGGUUAGGUUUUCUUCCCUUUGUUUUUCUUUAUUUUUUUUUUUUUCUCACCACUGAUUAGGAAUGUUUUGGAUUUUGUUUAUUUGGCAAACUUCUUCAGAGUUGAAUUAGAGCUUUUUUUUUUUUUUUUGCUUUUUUUUUUUUUUUUUUAAUUCAGUUUAAGCCCUUUGGCAUUUAAUAAAAUGUGUCUGGACAUGCAGAAUAUAUAGUGAUCUUAAUAUCACCUACACUUAAACAUAAAGUUUGUAGGUUUGUGUUCCCAUGCUAAGCAGAGAUUUUCACAUGUGAUGAGCUCUUCUGAAGUGAUGUAAAAAAAUAGUUUUUUAAAUAAUGCAGGCUUGAAUUGUACACAUCUGUCUCAGGUUUUCAGCAUUGAAGUAGGAUGUUUGUUUGCUUGAUUAUUUUUCUUUACAUAGAAAAAGUCACCCAGAUGACUAACAAAACAUUUUCAUUUAACCCUCCCGACCCCCCCCCACCACCACCACCAUUUUGUGUAUUUCGCUCCUAUGUUGGUCUAUACCUCCAUCAGUCUUUGUAACUCCUUUUUGACCCUUGAAGAACUCCCCUCUCUCUUCCUCCACCUUUUGUUUGUUUCUUUUUAAACUAGUCUUAAUCUGUUCUGACUUUCUCUUAUAUCACCCCUCUCUGCAUGAUGUCCCAGCCUCUCUCCUCUCCCCUGACUCUAUAACCAGUAUUUCUCUUUUUCAUUCUUCUUUUUCCUUUCAUGUUCGGUAUGUUUGUGACUGCCGUGUGCAACUCUCACUAGUAAGUAUUGUAUCAUGUCUGCAGUGCUUUUAAUAGUUUGUGUUGCAGCUCUUUAACAACUGAAGCUGAAGGUCUAUCUGCAAUGCGUCCUUCCCAUCCCUCAUUCCCAUGGCUACACAGAUCUGAUGGGAUAAACUGCCAUUUUGUAAAUAUUGUGUAAAUAUUUUUUGGAAAGAAAUCUAAUAAAAAAAAAAGUACAGAGGGCAAA